AUGCGUCGUUCUGUUUUAAUUGGCCUCUUGGCCGGAUUUGCCAGCCAGGUCUCAGCAGCCUGCAGCUCGGCACUCAAGAUCGAUGACUUUUCCAAAUGGUCGUCCAACACCAACAGCUUGGGCUCGUGGACAAGCGACGACGGCUCCAUGACCUCAAUCACGGCCAGUGGUGGAAUCCUCUCGUUCAAGCCAAAGUCUGAAUCUUACUUCUAUGAGACCUUUACCUGCCAGGCUGCAAGCACCAACGGCUAUAACUCCCUUCAGUUCACUGUCAAGGGCCCCGCCAGCGGUUCCGCUACUCUGGAGAUCCAGACCCAGGCCUCUUGUUCAGCCACAAGUUACACCUCGUACUACACCUCCAUCUCUGGCCUGACCGGUAACUCUCAGACCAUCACUAUCCCCCUGAGCCAGUUCACUGGUGCUAACGCCAACGCCAUCACCGGGUUCGUCUGGUCCGGCUUCUCGUCCACCACGGCAACAUGGCAGUUCAGCAACGUUCAGUUUGGCUGCGGUGGUGCUGGUUCGGGCUCCAGUUCAACUGUCCGAUCCAGCUCGACUGUCCGACCCAGCUCGACCGUCCGAUCUAGCUCGACUGUUGGUGUGAGCUCGACUGUUCGUCCCAGUUCCUCCACGCUCAUCACUUCUACAAGGCCCAGCGGAACCUGCAGCCCCCUUUUGAUCGAUGAUUGGUCCUCGCAGUCUCGUCUUACCUUCUUGUUUUAUAACUCCUUCACACUAUCUACCUCUUCAGAUGGCACCAUGAAGUCUCUCACUGUCGGAAAACCAUCUUCCAAUCGCGUGGAAAUUGUUCCCACUGACCGCAGCUCUUACUUCUACAGUCAAUUCCCUUGUGUCAACGCGAAGAACAUGUAUGGAGGUAUCUCGCUCCGCAUCAAGGCUCCUGCUGGUACUACGCUCUCGGUUGAGCUUGACUCCUCCAAUACCUGCGAUCCCGGCGUCGCUGUGGCCGCAACCCAGUCGUCUACUGAUCUCGGCUGGACCUUUGAUGGCACAGAGAAAUUGUACCUCAUCCCGUUCUCCAAGUUCCCCAGCCUCAACACUGAGAAGCUCGUUACGAUACUCUUCUCUCAGUUUUCGACCACCGUCUCCUUCGGUCCCAUGGCUUUCUACUGCGGCAGCACUGGCGAAUAUAUCGUUACCACCAGUACCAGUCCGGCUGGUCCUACCGGCACUGUUGCCGCACCCUCCGGCACCGCUGCCGCUCUCGUCGUUGACAAGUUCGCAAGCGCUGACAGCAACGCUCUCGGCAACUGGCACGGUGGUGAUGAUGGCAUGGGUCUUACCUACUCUGCUGGCAAGCUCACCAUCAAGUCUGACGACGCCGACUACUCUUUCUACACUCAGGUCUCUGCGAGCUGUAGUGAUUUCAGCAAGUACAAGGGCUCAUACCUGCAUAUCGCAUACUCCGGCACUGUGGCUUUCACUGUCGCUCUGCAGCAGCACAAUACGGCUUGCAACCCUGACAUCGCUCCUUACCCUGAGACCUGGGACUCUGUCGAGGCUUCUCGCUAUGCCAAGAAUGGUCACAUUUACAUCCCAAUGAACCACUUCAACGUUGAGAUGACGCGUGUCGUUGGAUUUGCUCUCAAGGGCUUCUACAAGUCAGACGCAGUUGUUUUCUCUGUCAUCGAAAUUGUGCCUUCCGUCCCUGCCGGUACCGUCAUUCCUAUUGACGAGGAGAGCGGUGACCUCGUUUUCGCUUGCAAGCGCCCUAACAGCUUCGCUUUCGCCAUCGAUGACGGUUCUCCAGAAUAUGCCCAGGAAGUUUUGAAGAUCAUCCGUGAGGAAGGCAUCAAGGUGACUUUCUUCACCGUUGGAGCCCCCCUCCUCGACGCAUCGACCAACCUCACAAACGUCUAUCGUGAGAUGUCGGCCGCCGGCCACCAGCUUGCCAUGCACUCUUUCACGCACCCCAAGAUGGAGGGUCUUUCCGACUACGCAUCCAUCGACUGGGAGUACAACGAGGACAUCAAGGCCAUGAAGCAAUCGUUCAACGGUCUCGAGACGUCUUACUUCCGUCCUCCCUUUGGUACCGAGGGCGCCCGUAUGCGCUCCCGUCUUGCAAAGGCCGUCGGCAAGAAGCCCACCAUUACCAACUGGUCCGUUGACGUCGAAGACUGGUUGUGGGCGGAGUCCAACACCCCCGAGCAGCAGCUCACUGCUUUCCAGCGUGACGUGAACAAGGGCGGAAACCUAGUCGUGCUACACUACCUCUACCCGUCGACCGUCGGCUACCUGAGGCAGUUCAUCCAGAUUGCGAAGAAGACCGGCAAGCAGCUUAUGCGUGUCGACCAGUGCAUGAUGGAUCCCAACGCUCCUCCUUUGUAG